AUGCCAUCAUACGAAGAUCCUCCUCCACCCUACGAGGCAAGCUCCUCCAGCUCAUCGCAGCCCCAGGCAGCCCACACUGCAGGCGUUCCUCCCCAAGACACAAAUAACCUCACCGUACCUUUGCGAACUCGCAAUGGAAUCCCACCUGAAGAGCGACGUAGCAUGGAGGACUCGGCCCGAGGUCUUCCAGAAGGCUGGGUGAGACAAUACGACCAACAGACGCAUCACCAAUUCUUCGUCGACACGCGAGCCACCCCGCCCCGCUCAAUCUGGCACCAUCCUCAUGACGACGAGCAGUACCUAGCCUCCUUACCUGAACAAGAGCGAGAGCGAAUAAAGAGCAUGCAGCGCGUCCACAGCCUCGCCGACAUCGAGGCAGAGAGCAGCGACGACGACACCGCCCGCACCCACGGCCAAGCGGCAGCCACAGCGACACAACAGCAGCCGGGGUUCCUGGACACGGGCCCGGAGAAGCUCUCCGGGCCCGAGAAGUUCGGCCGCAAGCUCAAGGACAAGCUCACCAGCUCGACCCACCAGGAGCGCGCGGCCAAGCGCGAGAGGCGCGCCGAGGCCGAGAGGCAGGCCUACUACCAGCACCAGCACAUCCGGCGCCAGAUCGCGCGCGCCGUCGAGACGGGCGAGCCGCAGCUGCUGGGCAGGGACGGCGAGGGCAGGGAGGUCUGGAUCGAGCCCCCGCAGGGCGCGCCGGGCCUGCGCGGGCACCCCAACGCUCGCCUCGUCAACCCUUGGAACAGGGGAGGGUACUUUGGUGGUCCGCCCGGGAUGAUGGCGGGCCCUGGGAACAUGUACGCCAGGCCGGUCGGCCCGUACAGCAGGCCGUACGGCCGCGGCGGAUAUGGGUACGGCUACGGCGGUGGCUUGGGCAUGGCUCCGCUGCUGGGGUUGGGUGUCGGUCUGGGAGUGGGUGGUCUGAUGUUUUGA